AAUGUCCUCGUCGGCGUGUGAAGUCAAGAGGACAACAAUAGAACACCUCGUUCAGGAUGAUGAACCUGAGCAUCUUCAGAAAAAUGACGAGCAGAAGGAGAUUUCUGCGUCACCAAAAGGCGAAGACGACGAAGGGAAUCACGCGAAGGAGAGUGACCUCGAUAAUCUAGAGAAGGAGCAGCUCUUUGCUUUCUUCGAAUCGGAGUCGACGCCUCGACAUGGAG